AAUUUUGUAAAAAAACCCACCAGAUGUCGCUCACUUUCACUAAAUAGUUUCGGAGUUUUUCGGAGUUGGAACCGAACUCCGAGAGAAAUUUUUCUCGGAGUCGGAGGCGGAGUCGGAGGUGAGCACCAUUAUUUUUAAGGAAUCCGUGCCGGUGCCGGAGUUAGAAAAAGAAAAAUUUCGGGACCGGAGUCGGUUUUCGGAGGCAAAAAAGUCGCCACCGCUGGACUCAACAUACAAGUCGUGUUACAAUUCGUGUAUUAGCAUCCAGUAGUAAAAUAUGUGAAGUAAAACCAAAUUUAAAAAAGUAUUAUCCAAAUGAAGUACGAGAUAAUUAUCCAUAUCGAGCAAAAGCUGUAUUUGCUUUUCAAAAUAUCGAAGGUGUUGAUAUUGUUUUCUUUGGUAUGUAUGUACAAGAAUAUGAUCAACAUUGUUCAGAACCGAAUACGCGACGUGUUUAUAUCUCGUUUCUGGAUUUCGUGGACUUUUUUCAACCGCAACUCUAUCAAACUGAUGUUUAUCAUGAAAUUUUAAUUGGAUAUUUGGAUUAUAUUAAACAAUUGGGUUAUAUGUACGUACAUAUAUGGGCAUAUCCACCAAGUGAAGAUAAUGAUUAUAUAUUUCAUUGUCGUCCAGCUGAACAAUCUGUAAUGGAACCGAAAGCUUUUCAAAAUUGGUUUGGAAAUAUGCUAGAUAAAGCGAUUAUAGAACACGUUGUUGUUGACUAUAAAGAUAUUUUGAAAGAUUGUCUAGAUAAUCAAGUACUAAAUGCUUUAAAUAUUCCAUAUUUUGAAGGUGAUUUUUGGUUGAAUGUUAUUGAAGAAAGUAUUGAAAAGCUCGAUCAACAAGAAGAUCGAAGAGAACAAGAAAUUGAAGCAACAACACAAAUGGAAGAUAGUGAUUUUGAUGAUCAUAUUGAACCUGAAGAUCUAACAGAUGCGAAAAAUCAAAUGCCCACUUGUAGAGAUUUAAUGUCCAAAAUAUAUGUUACAAUGAAAAAAUAUAAAAAAGAAUUCUUUGUUAUUCGUGUAGGUAAUCCUAUGGCAUCAUAUCCAGCUGUCAAUGACACUGAUGCUUUAAUUCAAUGUGGUUUAAUGGAUACAAGAGAAGCAUUUUUAAUUUUUUGUCAUAGUAACCACUAUGAAUUUUCAUCUUUACGUCGCGCAAAAUUUUCAACAAUGGUUUUAUUAUAUAAAUUACAUACAUCAACAACGGAUAACUUUACAUAUAAUUGUAAUACAUGUCGACAACAAUGUGAUAUACGUUAUCAUUGUACAGUAUGUGAAGAUUUGGAUUUAUGUGAAAAAUGUUAUAAUCUUGAACCAAAACAUGAACAUAAAAUGGAACGUUCUGUGCCAUCAAUAGUUGAAGAAUGUGAUCAAAAUUCUUCAAAUCCAAAUGGUAAAUCUAUUGCAAGUUCACAAUUACAACGUCAACAAUCUAUGCAACAUUGUAUUGAAGCAUUAUUGCAUGCUGUUAAAUGUCGAAAAAUUAAUUGUAUCAAUCGUAGUUGUUUUCGUUAUAAACGUGUUGUACAACAUACAAAAGAAUGUAAAGGAAGAAAUAGUCAAUGUAAUGUAUGCAAACAUGUUGUAUUCCUUAGUUGGUAUCAUGCAAAAAGUUGUAUGGAUCAAUAUUGUCAAGUGCCGUUUUGUACGAAUUUAAAAACCAAAAUACAAAAGCAAAGAGCUGCAAGCAUACAAAUGAAGAGACAUCGUAUGCUAACUACGACUAUAGCAAGAACGAGUACAAUGGAAUCUUAA